AUGCCCCAAGGACCACCAAAUGGAUCUUCUGCUCCGCAUGGGAUACCACCCGGUACUAUCGUAUUCGGGCCCAAGGGUAAUUGCACACUCGCCAUCUGCCCCGUACAAUAUUCUGUUUACGGUUACCGUCCAUCCCUAGCAGCGAACUCAGUAUUCAUCGCGCUUUUUGCCGCUGCGGGCGCUAUCCAUCUCUAUCAAGGUAUCCGCUGGAAGUCGUGGCUCUUCAUGUGCAGCGUCCUUAUUGGCUGCGUCUCUGCAAUCCUGGGGUACAUUGGCCGUGUCAUGAUGCAUACGAACCCAUUCAACUUUUCAGCGUUCAUGCUUCAGAUCAUCUGCGUCACGACUACUCCCAUCUACUUUUGUGCCGCCAUUUACGUCACACUCGCCCAAGUCAUCACCACCUUCUCACCAGCCCUCUCUCGCUUUAAGCCAAGCUACUUUUACUGGAUUUUUGUACCGUGUGACUUCGUCUCGCUGGUCAUCCAGGCUGCUGGUGGCGCUUUGUCCGUCGCAUCAAAGGGAACCAGCCAAAUCGGGGUUGAUCUUGCGCUGUCUGGUCUCUCUUUCCAGGUCUUUACCAUCUGCAUUUUCUGCGGUUUUAUGGGCGAGUACAUGUACCGAUACUUCCGAUCCGGCGUCGGUAAGGGCAUGUAUAGUUGGAAGUUGUACACAUUCUUUACAUUCCUAUCUCUUGCCAUUCUGCUCAUCACUAUUCGCUGCGUGUUCCGUGUGGUCGAGCUGCGCCAGGGCUAUCGCGGGUCUUUGGUCCGUGAAGAAACGCUCUUCAUUGCGCUGGAGGGAGUGUUGGUUUUGGCCUCUGCUUUUGCUCUCAUGCUUGGACACCCCGGCCUUGUCUUUAAGGAGCAUAUUAACGGUCACCAGGAAAUCCAGCGGGAUUCUGUAACUUUUCCACUAGCAGACCGUCAAAGGCGCAAUCCCGAGGUUGAUUGA